UGACAGCUGUCGCCGUCAUCUAGAAUCGGCAAGAAUUUGAACAAAACAUUCUAGAAUUCCCCUGUUAUCCUUAAAGACCGGUCAAAAACACUCAAAAUUCCGAGUUUUCACUAGUUCAGGAGGUCGAAAGGGCAAAUCGGCUGCUAUGGACGUAGACCAUUCAAUCGCAACGUCUUCGGAAUUAACUACCUCAAUACUACUGCCUAAAAUCGACGAAAACAUCAUGGACAAACAUCCAAAAGAGAGGAUCGUCGAGAUUCUGGAUGUCCUGGAGGGGCAUGUGGAGAGAAUCCGAAGGGAGGCAGCCCAGUUGGAGGAAAACCGAGAUCAUGUCCUCGCCACCCUCGACUCGAUCUUGCAGAAUGAUCUUAUUAAUCAGUUGGAUGAAAGUGAUGCAGAUGACGUAACCCGGUACGCAGAACGAGUAAUGAACAGGUGCCAAACGGUCGAGGUGAGGGUGCUGACCCUCAGGGAUCAGAUGCAAGAAGACGCUCUGAGUCAAAUUAACCAUUUGAUCGACAGUCUGGUGAUGGAUCUGAGGCAUGACCAUGAGGCGGCCAAACAAAGAUGUUUGUCUUACAUGAACGCCUGCUCCUCAAUUAUGGUGGAGGGGGUGAUGGAUAAGAAAUUCGAAUCCGCCCUGUUGGGGUGCACCCUGGACGACCAGAAGAGGGUGAAAAAACGCCUGCAGGGGCUCCUCAGCUACUUCGAGCGUCUGAGGGUGCAAAUGUUCGAGUGAAAACUCUCUCCCUUAUUUUGUUUCCUUCUUUUUUUUAAUAAUAAUAAUAAUAAUAUUAAUAAAUUGUUAAGCUUGUACUUUUGUUGUCUUUUUAAGUGGACUGUCUUUGAUAUUUAUAGUUUUGUAUGCGUGAUGUUUAUUUUUUGUCAGGUUUUAAUGGCAAAAGUGGAUUUUUUCUUAAAACAAUUUGUAUCGCAAUUGAAAAAUUCCAUUAUUGAACGUUAUUAUGUUAGAAUGUAUAUUUUAGGUUAAAUAAACUUAUAAUGCUUU